AUGUGUGUCGGAAUCGAACUUAAACCCUAUGCCAACCUCAGAUCCACUCAUGACUUGCCCCAUACAGGAUAUUUGAUAUACCUACAGUUACAAUCACCAUUAAAGAAAAUAAAACAGACACGAUCAUCUGCCAUGCCAAUGAAGACAGAUCUCUCCAUCAUAGAUAAAAUGUGCAUACGCACUAUACCAAAAAAGAAAGUUAGUUCAGUCUGCUAUGACACGAUAAUAUGGGACACGAAUCAUCCCGUACCCAAACACGCGAGCGAGAGGGACCUGGGAUACGAGAUCCCCGCUGCCGACUGGUCGAGAGCCUUUAAGAUGCAUCAACCAUAUACUAGGUGCAUUUCCCGCAUCAAACGCAUAAGAAAGAUAGCAACCUGA